AUGCUUACCGUUCGCAAACCGCCAACCACUACCGCCAUAGCCAACUUCCUAUCGUUCGCAAAAACCCUAACCACCACCAGAAAAAAUCUCACUCCGGCCACUAACAGCAGCCGAACAGUACCCAACGAUGACUACUUUGCCACAAUCCACCACAUAUCCAACAUCGUCAGGCGGGACAUCUACAUGGAGCGAACCCUCAACAAGAUGCGCAUCUCAACCAUAGUAAACUCCGAGCUCGUCUAUCGAGUCCUCCGAAGCUGCUCCGGCUGCGGGAUCGAGUGUUUUCGUUUCUUCAACUGGGCUCGGACGAACCACCCGAGCUACGACCCGACCACGCUUGAAUUCGAGGAGCUCCUCCGAAUCCUGGCCCGAACCCGACACUGGGAGACAAUGUGGAAAGUGGCACACACUAUGAAAACCCAGAAUUUCCCUAUAUCUCCAUCCGUAGUCUCGUUCGUUAUCGAACAAUAUGGCAAAUACGGUCUUAUAACUCAGGCCGUCGAAUUAUUCAACGGGCUGAAAAACUUCGACUGCCCUCAGACGAUCGAGGUUUACAAUUCCUUGCUUUUUGCUCUUUGCGAGGUGAAGAAUUUCCAAGGCGCGUAUGCUUUGGUGCGUAGGAUGAUUCGAAAAGGGUGUGUUCCGGAUAAGAGGACUUAUUCCGUACUUGUGAAUGCAUGGUGCUUGGCUGGGAAAAUGAGGGAAGCUCAAGAGUUUUUGGAGGAGAUGAGCAAAAAAGGGUAUAAUCCACCUGUACGUGGCCGUGACUUGCUGAUCGACGGCUUGCUGAGUGCAGGCUAUCUCGAGUCCGCUAAAGGGCUUGUGAGGAAAAUGAGUAAAGAAGGGUUUUUGCCGGAUGUGAGCACGUUCAAUUGCUUGGUGAAAGCCCUGUUCGAAUCUGGGGAGAUUGAGUUCUGCAUCGAUCUUUUCCGUGAUGUAUGUGGAUUGGGGUUUUGUCCGGACAUAGAAACGUAUAAGACUAUGAUAACCAUGUGUUCGAAAAUCGGUAGAGUUGAUGAGGCUUUUAGGAUACUCCAUAAAUCAGUUGAGGAUGGUCACAGGCCUUUUCCGAGCUUGUAUGCUCCGGUUUUGAAAGCUCUUUGCAGAAGGGGGCAAUUUGAUGACGCUUUUAGUUUUUUCUCAGAUAUGAAAGUGAAGGGGCAUCCUCCCAACAGGCCUGUUUACACUAUGCUGAUAAGGAUGUGUGGGCGUGGAGGGAGAUUUGUGGAGGCCGCUAAUUAUUUGGUGGAGAUGACUGAGUUUGGUUUGGUGCCUAUGUCCCAAAGCUUUGAUAUGGUUACAGAUGGGUUGAAACACUGUGGGAAGCAUGAUUUGGCUAAAAGGAUGAUUAUAAAUCUACUACUGAAUUAUUUGCUGAGAAAGGUGAUGGAUGAUAAGAUGCCUGGCAAAAUUUCAUUCCAAAAGCUGAAAGCGAAUUUGCAGAAUAUGCAGAUCUUAUUUCACUUAAACUUCGCCCAUAUGAGUUUUGUGGCUGUGGUGAGAUUGACGGUGGCGUAUUUGGAAGGCUCGGUUGUCAAAGAAGUUGCAUCUUCCUUUACUGCAUUCGCAAAGGAAAAGAUAAAAGCUGAAAAAGAAGCUAAUGCUGGCAAAAAUGACUACAGGCAGGAAGAAAAGGCAGAUACAUAUGAUGACUAUAAAUUCAUAUUCUCUCGUCUCGGCUGCUCUUCGCCCGCGUUACUGACUGUUCUCUCCCUCCCCCCUUUGUCAUCGCCGUGUGGUGGCAUCUCUGUCCCUAAUUUGAUUAGGGUUUUAGCCUCUGAAUUGGGAGUGUUGAAUCCCAAUAAUUUCGAGCAGUGCUUCGUUCUUCUCCUGACAGAAGAUGAGCCUAUUCCUGAUCUUCUCAAGAAAAAGGAGCCUUUGAAGGCCAAUUGGGAUGAUGAAGAUAUUGACGAUGUCAAGGAAUCUUGGGAAGAUGAAGAUGAGCCCGCUACGGUGGAGUCAGCACUAUCUGAAAAGGCCCCUAAGAAGGUUGCCGCCAAAUCAGGUGACAAGAAAGUGAAAGCCGCAGAGGCUGUAAAAGAUUCUCCAAAGGAGGAACCAUUAGAUCCUGUACAAGAAAAACUCCGUCAACAGAGGCUUGUCGAGGAAGCUGAUUAUAAAGCUACUGCUGAAUUAUUUUCCAAGAAGGGUGAUGAUAAGACACUUGACAAUUUUAUUCCAAAAUCUGAAAGCGAUUUUGCAGAAUAUGCAGAACUUAUUUCCCAUAAACUUCGUCCGUACGAGAAAAGCUAUCACUAUAUUGGAUUGCUGAAGGCUGUGAUGAGAUUGUCUGUGACAUCUUUGAAAGGCUCAGAUGCCAAAGAAGUUGCAUCUUCCAUUACUGCAAUUGCAAAUGAAAAGAUAAAAGCCGAAAAAGAAGCUAAUGCAAGCAAAAAGAAGAUGGGCGGGAAGAAAAAGCAGCUGCAUGUUGGAAAGCCGGACGAUGAUGUGGUGGUUGAUACAUACGAUGAUUAUGAUGAUUAUGAUUUCAUGUGUCUGUUACUGCCUAUUGGCCUUCCUCCAAAGUCUCAGAGCUCUAAGUCUUAA